CACCGCCAGCUAACGUCUUGCACGGAUUAAAGAUGGCGCCCUCUCCUGCGCUGAGGUGCUGUAAACGGGCUCUGAACUGGGUGCCUGUCCUGUUUAUCAACCUGGUUGUCGGCUGGUCCUACUACGCUUAUGUUGUGGAGCUGUGUGUGUAUACAAUCUUAAAUAAUGCAGAACGAAUCAGCUAUUUGGUCGUCUUUCAUAUUGCCUUCGCCAUGUUUAUAUGGGCAUACUGGAAAACUAUCUGGUCUACACCAGCCAGCCCCUCAAAAGCAUUCGGUCUGCCCAGACAAGAGAAGGAACUGUAUGAGAGGGAGGAGCGAGCUGAGGCGCAACAGGAGAUCCUGAAGAAAGUGGCGAGAAGUUUACCUGUGUAUACACGAACAGCUGGAGGAGCCAUCCGAUACUGUAACUACUGCCAGGUAAUCAAACCUGACCGCUGCCAUCACUGCUCGACCUGUGAAAUGUGUGUGCUGAAAAUGGACCAUCACUGCCCCUGGGUGAAUAACUGUGUCGGAUUUUCAAACUACAAGUACUUUGUCCUAUUCUUGGCCUACGCUUCACUCUAUUGUGCAGUAAUUUGUGCAACAGUCGUCCGAUAUUUCAUCAAAUUCUGGACCAAACAACUGGAUGACACACACGCCAAAUUCCACAUCUUGUUUCUGUUCUUUGUGGCGGCCCUGUUCUUCAUCAGCAUCGUGUCUCUCCUCACCUACCAUCUGUGGCUUGUUGGAAAGAACAGGACCACUAUAGAGGCUUUUAGGGCUCCUGUCUUCACAAAUGGUCCAGACAAAAACGGGUUUUCUCUAGGCUUUGGACGAAAUGUAGCUGAGGUGUUUGGAGACCAAGCAGAGUACUGGAUGUUGCCUGUUUUCUCAAGUCUGGGAGAUGGACAUUCCUUUGUCACAAGGUUGGUGCACCUAGAUCCUGAACAAGCAAACAGUGUCCUCCAGCAGAAUGGCAAAAGCCCUGUUGAUGGAGAGGCCAACCCUUGUGUGCUUGGCAACAAUGGGCAACACACCGAGGAUGACAGCAAAGAGAAAACUGAUGGAGGCCAGAUAGUUUCUGUGACAAUGGAGAGUGAACCAUAGUUGGUCGCAGGCACAUCUGUGAAGAUCUCAAGUAUGAUGCCUUAAAGCAGGAGCAUCAGCACCUCCACAGGAGCCAUCCUCCACCCUCAUUUAGAGUUUCAGCACAGCCUCAGACCACAUGUUUUAUAUGUAUGUACAUUAAUGGACAUUCUUCAUCUAGUGUGCUUUAAACUAGCACCACAGCAAUACUGUUGUCGUGUCAACAGAGACUCUACAGCAACCUCGUAGACUGCACCAGUCUGAAGCAGAAGUGAUUGAAGAGAAGAGAUUUUGUCUUUGUUAUUAAGCCAAAGACAUUCAAAUGUACUUAUCAUCUGAAAAACUCUGGGAGCCAGUGUGUGUCGCCAUUGUCUGUGUUUAUCUCUACUCAUUAACUGCUUUACACAUUUCAACCAGACACUUAUCCUCUAUCAGUGUUAACUGAGCUUUAAAUGACUAAACCUUGAAUGUUUGUAGAGCAGUUGGAGUGACAAAAGCAAGAUUUGUAUGAUAACAGUAGUAUAAUAUAAAGACACAUUUCAACCGUCAGUGUGUGCAAUAAGUCCUGUCAGUUCUUAGCUUCAAGCACAGUGCAAUUAUUAAGACCAGUUGUCAGUUCUUAAAUGGUCUCAAAUUUUGUUUAGUUUACAUGAUGAAAUUUGAAAGUCUUUUUGUUUACACUUUUCAUAUAUUUAUUUUUUGCAUUUUACAUUUUAUACAAUAAUGAUGACAGAUGAUAUAAGCUUAAAUGUGAGGACCAAAUCCAGUUAAAAUGGUUUAAUCUCAUUCCAAAUAAUUAUUUAAGCCACCAAUAGAUCACCUGUAAUACAGAGAAGUGAUCAGUAAGAUGUACAUUUUUCGUUUCUCUACAAACGUUUUCAAUUUGUUUUUAUUGUUUGUUAAAAUUACAUUGUCUUUACUUGCAUAUUGAUUUUAUUUGUAUGAUUUUUUUUUUUUUAUCUAAAAACAUGCUAGAUUCUGAAUUGCCACUUUACCUUUGCAUCUGUAUAACAGUACCAGUUUGACAUCAGUCUCUGCAUGUCUUUUCACCAGUUUGAACUUGAGAUUUACUUGAAAUUAUGAAAAGCAAAGAACACAAAAUGGAAGCACAAUAAAAAUGGUUUGAAGAUAAUGUCAGAAAGGUCAGUGGCAUUUGGUACAUUGUGUCCUUGGGCCCACACAAGGAUAGAUAAGACGGACUUUAUAUACCUAUAUACCAGCGAUCCAAGAGUGUCAUAACUGCUUCUUAUUGCACUACUGGUGCAUUUUGCAUUAAAACACACAUUUGUUUCAGUGGACACGGCCUGAGCGACGGGUCCAUUUGUGUAGCUAAUACUAGUACCCUGUGUAUCUGCAGUAGGUUAAAAAAACUAAUUUCUCUGACUGAACUUGGCUGAAUGAACCACCUGGCAGUUUGAGCUGCAAGUGUAGUUAAACCUGUAAACAAACAAAAAAAAAAAUCCCUGCUUUUUAUUGAGAAAAAUUCAUGCAGAAAUUGUUGUAUGACAAUAAAUGUAACGUGAGAAACUA